AUGGGACGGACUUCGAAAUUUUUAUUUCCCAUUCCUGGGCGCAAGCGCAGUUCGAGCAAGGAACAAGCCUAUCAAGCACCUCCACCGAUACCGAAAACUUCUUCGGGGAAUUUAUCCAAGGCGGAGCAGAUUCUGGGGACUGGUACUGCCGAACCCGGAGAUUGGAGGAGACCCGGAUCUACGUCUAGCCGAAUGAGCAUUUCUAUUUCGGAAUCUACACAUUCGACGAGAUCAAUACAUGAUAAUGGUGGAAAUCAUGAUCAAUGGGAUGGAGAAUCGGGCGUUUUCCCUAAACAGACGGGUUUGAGAGGAAAGGCUUCGUCAAAUGCAUUGGGUCAACGAUUUGGAGAAGAUAUGGCUACGGAAACUUCCAGUACGACGUGUCGGCUGAGGAAUGAGGAUUCUACUUCUACUUUAAAGUCACAUUAUGAUCGACAGAAGUUACCCCCGGCAAUUUCACAACAAACCUCUGCAUCUUCUGCACGAGAUUUAGCUCUUCGAAAAGGCGUUUCGCCAGUUGUGAACAGGAGUCCACUCUUACAAGUCGAUUCUAUGGAUCCAUGGGAUCAAGCUGGUCAAAGUCUCUCGAGUAUGAACGAUAAUCAGUUAGGAUCAUUGGAGCGUAAGAAGUCUAUGAGGUUGGGUUUGUCGUCGUUGUUUCAUAGGUCAGAAAGAAGGCCCUCGGCUGUAUCACAGAAUUCAAUUGAAUCUUCGAAACAAAGUGGUUCACUUCGAAAUAGGCUUGUGAAAGCAGCUUCGAAGGACCCAUUACCAUCGCAAAGGCCAAGCAUUCUGACAACAAAGUCGAAGGACCAAAGAGAUCCGAAGCAAGGUCAGACUACUGACGGUAGCUCACAAAACUCUUAUGAUCACUAUGAGCAAUCAGCUGCGAAUGCUCAUAUAAAGUCAAUACCAGAAUCAAAUGUCCCGGAACCUCUUAACCUUUUUACCAGAACGUCAGAAAAUAGUAAAGGCCGGCAACCCGGAUCACCCAAUUCGGAGAAACGAGAAGGUCAUCGAAGACUAGAAGAUUUGCAUUCUAGCUCUGGAGAGAAAGAAGCAUUUUCGUGGAAGAACGUUCGUUCGAAUGCCAAUGGCAAUUUUCGCAACAGUAUGAUCUCCCAGAGUACAGGUCAUUCUAGUCUGGGUAUAUCCAGUACAGCGAGCGUAUCCAGUCACAACACCAAGACAUCAAGACAAACCGCCGGGAGUGUCUUCUCGAGUGCAGAUCUACAGCAAAGUAGUGUACUGUCAUUAUCAUCUGAUUCGGAAGAAGAUUUAUCAGAUACUGAACCAUCGAAAUCUCGUGAUAAUAUAUCUAUUGGCAAAGCUCCUUCGCAUGCUGAGAGCGAAAUCAUCCCCCCUGCACUUCAAAUCCGCUUGAGUACCACCAAAAACCCGGCAAGGAGACCGUCGGCAUUGAAAAAUUCAACGACGAGGAAGGGAGGUGCACAAUUAAGUGCUUUUCUAACAAUUCCGGAGUCAAAUGGGGGAUUAUCCAAAUUCCCAAUGCCACCAACGAUCACGAGACAAGAUUCUGUAAAGUCACAAGAAUCUCGACCAACCUCAUCCCAAAGGAAAGGUUCCGUCUCGUCCAAGGGAUCCGUACAGCAGCAGCAACCAACACCACCAAUCUCUCCCAAAGAAACCGAUGUCGAAACCGCUCCGCCCCGCACAAUCAGUGGUCGCCUGAUGAAAGUCACCAAGCAAGAAGAAGCGCUUCUCGAAGCUCUCCGCCAAAAACGAGCACGCAUGCGCGAGAGAAUCAUUGAAGAACACGAGGCGGAGGGCAGUGGUGGAAAAUCUCCCCCGAGUUUGGGCGCGGAGAAAGCUAAGGAUACGAUUAAACCGGGUACGGAACGUGUGCCGUUGUAUCUGGAUGCGCCGAUUAUGAAGGGAAGGGGUUUGGGAUAUGGGAAGGGAAAUGAACAUGGGCAACCAAGUCCGAAACUGAGCGAUUUUUUGAGUUUGGGGAGUGAGGAUGAUGAGGGGAUCCCGAAAAAUAGUAGGGUGGUGGAGAGAAGUAAGGCUAGGGGGGUGGGGAAUGGAAGUCAGGCGCCGAAGAGAGAGGGGACUCCACCGCUCAAUGAUCCAAGGUUUAGUCCUUUGGGUGACGGGCCGCAGGCACAGAAGAUGCGAGGGCAUAAAAAGAGGACUCCGAGUGUAGGGAAGGUAAGGUUUGUGGAAGAUGAAGAGGAGGGAGUUUGGGGAUUGUAG